AUGGCCGAGACUUGGCAGAUUGUACUCAUUGUUUGGGUGGUCUUGUUCGUGGUAAUCGUUGCUCUCGGCCUUCUCUGCAGGGGACGUUACCGUGUUGGAAUGGGAGGAGGCGGCGGACAUUUUGGCCACCAUGGUGGUGGUGGCGGUACCACAUUUGGAGCUGGAGGUGUAGAUGGUGCUGGGGCAUGUGGAGGCACAGGGGGCAGUGCUUGUGGAGGUGGAGGCGGAGGCGGCGGGGGUGGAGGAGGAGGCAGUGCUUGUGGAGGCGGAGGCGGAGGUGGAGGUGGCGGUGGUGGAGGAGGCGGCAGUGCUGGUGUGUGA